AGAAGCUUAAUUUUGCGCCAGAGGGGGGAAACGCUAUGACUCACACGUGCGUGCGUAUAUAAGGGGAUAGGCGAUUCACGCACUAAUAAAUAAAUUAAAAAUGAAACAUUCUUGAGGGAAAAAAGGUCACUGGCACGCURCUGGAUGUAAUUUGUCUCGAUGUCGUUAUUCCGGUGUUGUUGGCUUUGAACUGUCUUGCGUCUCAGAACGUUGGGUGGAUAGAGAACUGUAAUUCGGUUGUUUGGUGGUAGUUUCUCUCGACACGACAACCUGUGCACCCGCAGACGAAACCGGUUGGAUAUUUCCGUUGAGAAUCUGAUAAGAGUCCCGGAGCGCACGGGAAUAACGGAGGACUAAUGGCCACGUCUGAACCGACAGCCACUGGCGGGGACCAGGACCCCAACUCUGCCAAUUUACGACCUUCAUCUACAAACUAUGACGCGUGGAUGCAAGGCUGCACGCGGAAACUGGGUUUGAAGAUCUGUGGGUUCCUGCAGAAGAACAACAGUCUUGGGGAGGAAGGCCGGCUCGCAGGCUCACUCUCAGAACGCCAGAAGRACCUGUACUCCUGUGACAACAGCGACCGGGAUGCCCGUUUCCGCCGCACUGAGACCGAUUUUUCCAACAUGUUCGCGAGAGACUUACUUCCCGCCAAAAACGGAGAAGAGGCGACUAUGCAGUUCUUGUUGGAACUUGUGGGCAUCCUCACCAACUACGUCAGGAAGACGUUUGACCGUUCCACCAAGGUUCUGGACUUCCACCACCCUCACCAGCUGCUCGAGGGCAUGGAGGGAUUCAACCUCGAGCUCUCUGACCAGCCAGAGUCCCUCGAGCAGAUCCUCGUGGACUGCAGGGACACGCUCAAGUACGGCGUGCGAACAGGUCAUCCACGGUUCUUCAACCAGCUGUCCACGGGGCUGGACAUCAUUGGGCUGGCUGGGGAGUGGCUCACCUCCACAGCCAACACCAACAUUCUGCUCGCUGGAGAGGGGGACGGCAUAUUCUCACCAGGGGGCGCCAUCUCUAACAUGUACAGUGUGAUGAUUGCUCGCUACAAGUACUUCCCAGAGGUCAAGACCAAGGGCAUGUCUGCCGCUCCCCGCCUGGUGCUCUUCACAUCAGAACAUAGCCACUACUCUAUCAAGAAGGCCGGGGCAGCUCUGGGCUUUGGCUCUGAGAACGUGGUCCUGCUGAGCACAGAUGAGAGGGGGAGAGUUAUUCCUGCUGAUCUAGAAGCUAAGAUCCUCGAUGUCAAGCAGAAGGGUUACCAUCCUCUGUUUGUGAAUGCUACAGCUGGUUCUACAGUCUACGGAGCAUUUGACCCCAUCAAUGAGAUCGCUGACAUCUGUGAAAAAUACGACAUGUGGCUGCACGUAGACAUAGACAGAUGA